AUGGCUCCCGACUCUGCCGCAAACCUCACAUCGCUGCUGCGUGCCUCUUCCAUUGACGACCACGAGGAAGUUCUUCGCGCCGCCAAUGCUGCUCUGAAAAUCUCCAAGCUCGACACUGGCGCACAGCGCACCAGGGUCGUCGCCCUUCUGAAGCUCGACCGGUUUGAGGAUGCCCUGCGUGCCCUUGCCGACGGCGGCGCCACGCUCGAGGCCGAUUGCCGGCUAGAAAAGGCCUAUGCUCUCUACAAGACGGGAAAGUUGGACGAUGCUGCUUCGCUUGCGGCAUCCACCACUGGACGUAGCUUCAGCCACGUUGCUGCGCAAGUCGCCUAUCGUGCUGAACGAUUCCAAGACGCGAGGCAACUGUACGAUGAGCUAGCAUCUGACAAGGCCGCUGCUGCAGAGGAGGAGAGCGACCUGAGCAUCAACGUCCUGGCUACAGCUGCUCAGAGGGACUGGCAGUCGCAGGCUGCGCUGACCAGCGGCUUCGUACAACCUCCCGUCGCUCCAGCCUUGGACACCUUUGAGCUCGCCUACAACCUGGCCUGCGGCUGCAUCGCCCGCGGAGAGCUUUCGAAGGCCUCGAGUCUCCUACAGCGCGCCAGUCGUCUCUGUGAUGAGUCUGAUGACCUCUCCGAUGAGGAAAAGCGAGCAGAGAUGGCACCGAUCCUAAUUCAACAGGCAUAUGUGUAUUCGAGAUUGGGCAACACUACCGAGGCUCUCAAGCUACACCGCCAGCUGGAAGCUUCCGAGAUCAGCGACGCUGAAGCACGGCUCGUAGCGACGAACAACGCUUCCACGCUGGAUAACACCGCAAGCAACCCGUUCGCAGUCCAGCGUACUCUCGAGGCAAAUCCAGCCGUGUCAAAUGACGCCAAACUCUUUCACUAUCAGGAUAGUCGGCUACGACGGAACAAACUGGCACUUGCCCUACGUGCACAGAAGUUCUCGGGUGUUGCUCGUCAAACGAAACACUUGAUUAGCGCAUCUUCGCCAUCGUCGACAGCCAGCUCCGAUGCAAAUGUUCUGUCGGUCAUCAACGUGGCUGCUCGUUCAUUAGAGCACAGCAGCCAAGUGUCGCUGCGUGAUGUCUUGCCUGCGGCAGAGCGACACCCCGCCGAUGUUGGCGUCUUGCUGACGGCAAUCCAGCUGCACGUCCUCGCCAAAAAUUACGAAGCCGCUGUGUCCCUUCUUGAAGCUCUCUUUACACAAUUGGAAGGGCAGAAGCAAGGAGAUGUCCGUUUUUCUGCCGGCCUUGUCGCCCUGGCCGUGGCCCUAUACCGAAACCAACGCCGGGCUGGUUGUGCGACUACCGAGUUGGCCAAGGCGAUAAAGUACUGGAACGAAAAAUCCGACACCCAGUCGGCCUCGCUUCUGCAAGGUGCUGGUGAUGAACUCUUGAAGUCAACCGACGCCGAUGACUUGUCCGUCGCAGGCACUGCAUUCGAGAAGCUCUGUCACCAGUCAACCCGCGUAUCCCAUCGCUGUGGCUGGACUGAUUGCGUCCUUUGGUAA